AUGGCUGUGACAAUCGUGAGAAACGCCAGGCUCUUCACAAGUACCGACGACUCCGAAGGUCUCGUGGCAGGAUGUCUGGUGUUUCGGGAUGGGGUGAUCGAGUACGUUGGCCCCAAGGGGGAAGAGAUGAGUAGUCUCACCCAAACGAUGUUGGCCUCUGAUGGUGAGGGCGUCAGCGUCACAGAAGUCGACGUCGCCAACCGCGUCGUGACGCCGGGCUUCAUCGACGCGCACGUCCACAUGCUGCACUUUGGGAUGUCGCUCGGCAAGCUCGAUGUCAUGUCGUGCAAAUCCCUCGAGGAGAUCAGGCAGAAGAUCCGCACCUUCGCAGCCUCACAGCCGACGGCACCGCGCAUCCUGUGCAAAGGCUGGAUCCAGGCGUCGACCGCCGGGCAGGCGCUGGUCAGCAUGCUGGAUGACCUCGACUCUCGCCCAAUCUAUGUCGAGGCCCUGGAUCUACACUCGGUAUGGUGCAACACCGCCGCGCUGGAGGAGCUCGGAGUGGAUGCGGCGACGAAGGAUCCUCCAGGAGGGACCAUCCACCGGGACGCGCAGGGUAGGCCGUCGGGUUUGUUGGACGAAGGGGCGUUGUUUUUGCUCGUGUGGCCGUUCAUGGGAAAGACUGUGACGGCGGAGCAAAAGCAGACGGCGCUGCACCAGGCGGUGGCUGCUUACACACAGGCGGGCUACACUGGGGUCAUUGACAUGGCCAUGGACGAGGACGCGUGGGACGCCCUGGAAUCCUACCGCGCUCGCAAUGGACUCCCACUGCACGUGGCCGCGCACUGGCUCAUCCCGUACAGCGACUCGGACGACGAGAUCCAGGACGGACUCGACAAGGCCAUCGAAAUGCAUGGGAAAUUUCACCCCUCGACGUCGCCGUCCUUCUGUGUUGUCGGGAUCAAAUUGAUCGGCGACGGGGUUGUCGACAGCUGCACGGCAGCGCUGAGCCAACCGUACAGCCCGGCACCAUCGGAUCACAUCGUCGAACCCGUUUGGCCGGCAGACAAGAUGUCCAGAGUCAUCCGCCAGGCCAACGCCGCGGGCCUGCAAUGUGCCGUGCACGCCAUCGGCGACAGGACCAUCACGCAGACCAUCGACGCGUUUGCGGGCCUCGACCGGCCCUUCUCGCGCCGCCACCGCAUGGAGCAUCUCGAGCUGGCCUCGGAGCGCGACGCAAAGAGACUGGGAGACCUGGGAAUCACGGCCUCAGUGCAGCCCGUGCAUUCGGACCCGGCCCUGUUCAAAGCCUGGCCAACCCUCCUCGGCACACAUCGGUGCCGCCGCGCCUUUCCAUACCGCGACUUUCUCGACCACGGCGCCCCCUUGGCCUUUGGCACCGACGCCCCCACCGCCGCGCACCUGCCACUCCCGAAUCUCUACAACGCCACCACGCGGCGGUCGGCCCUCGAUCCAGAGUCGCUCGACCGAACGAACCCGCAGUUCGCCGUGUCUCUGGCAGCGGCGCUGAGGGCCGCCACCUCCGGAGCGGCAUAUUCCCGCCAUGCAGAAGGAUGGACGGGCAGUCUGAGAAAGGGCGCGAGCGCAGACUUUGUUGUGCUCGACACGGACUGGACGUCAGAAGGUUUGCGUCAGGCGAGGGUGCACCAGACUUGGUUUCAGGGUCGGAAAAUGUUUGAAACAGUAUAA